AUGGAGAGAGCCAGGCCGGAGCCGUCGUCUCAGCCGCGCCAACUGCCGCGGUCUACACCGCCGCGCCCGUUGCGGCCCGCCCCGCCCUCGCUGCCGGUCGAGGGCACCUCCUUUCGGGCGGCCGCCGAGACUGCUCCGUCGCCGCCCACCGCGUGCGCGGCUGCCAUUGCUACCGUGGCCUCGUCGCGGGGUGACGCCCCGGCGUCGGGCAUACCGCCGGCGGCACGGCGACUGCUGCAGGUGAAGCCGGAGCAGAUGUUGGUGGUGCCGCCAGGGCCACCACCGCCUCAGACCCGGGAGGAGGUAGCUGCCUCCUCCACGCAAGCGCGGUUGCUGCCGCCACCGCCCUCGCUGCCGGUCGAGGGCACCUCCUUUCGGGCGGCCGCCGAGACUGCCGAGGGUGCCUCUUGUAAGCCGGAGUUGCACCCGGUGCACGCCUGGGCGCUGCUCAUCAAGGCGGAGAAGCAGGAUACCGGGCUGGGCUUGGAUCUGUCGGUGGGAUCUAGGAGGAUCGUCGAGGCGGGCCCCAGGGCCUCCAGGGCGACCAUGCUUGAAGUUACCGGGCCGGCCCUCGACAACUGCCGAGGGGACGAAAAGAAGGGCCAGUUGGAGGCGGAGGAGGUCAUGAGGGACAUAGCUAAAGUCAGCGAAGGUAAAAGUUUGGCGGCGAUCAGAGAAGGAGUCAUCAAAACCGAGGAGCCCGAGAGGCUCCGUGAGGAUUGCAGGCUCGGUACGGAGCACGCAUCCAAUGGCUUGGUCCAUGGCAGCAAGGAGGUCAUCCUGGCUCAGUCGUCCAGCGGCUUUGGGUCUCAUCAGCAAGAUCUCAGGAUCCCUUUGACUCUCCACACUGUUCCCCCUGGGGCCCGGAUCCAAUUUCAGGGACCGCCGCCUUCAGAGCUGAUACGAUUGACCAAGGUCCCCCUGACAUCAGUGCCUAUUAAAAUGCAGUCCUUAUUGGAACCUUCUGUAAAAAUUGAAACCAAAGAUGUCCCGCUCACCGUACUUCCCUCAGAUGCAGGAAUACCAGAUACACCCUUCAGUAAGGACAGAAACGGUCAUGUGAAGCGACCCAUGAAUGCAUUUAUGGUUUGGGCAAGGAUCCACCGGCCAGCACUAGCCAAAGCUAACCCAGCAGCCAACAAUGCAGAAAUCAGUGUCCAGCUCGGGUUAGAGUGGAACAAACUUAGUGAAGAACAAAAGAAACCCUAUUAUGAAGAAGCACAAAAGAUUAAAGAAAAGCACAGAGAGGAAUUUCCUGGUUGGGUUUAUCAGCCUCGUCUGGGGAAGCGAAAACGCUUCCCUCUAAGUGUUUCCAAUGUAUUUUCUGGUACCACACAGAAUAUCAUCUCUACAAAUCCUACAACAAUUUAUCCUUAUUGCUCACCUACCUACUUUGUGGUUAUUCCCAGCUUACAGAACACCAUCACUCAUCCAGUUGGUGAAGCCCCACCUGCCAUCCAGCUGCCCACACCUGCAGUCCAGCGGCCAAGCCCCAUCACACUUUUCCAGCCCAGUGUCUCAAGUGCUGCCCAGGUGAACGUCCAGGCUCCAAGUCUGCCUCUCCGCCCAGCACUCCCAUCACAGGGCUUUGCUGGGCCCUCCCAAACGGACACUCAUCGGCUGCAUUCCGGAGCCAUUUGUUCUGUGAAGAGACCCACCCCCGUCUCUUUGGAGAGUACCAACAGGAUUCCAACUAGUGCAAAUACUGCCUAUACCAGAUUUGCCACCUCGACUAUCCAACCUCCCAAGGAGUAUCCCAGCGUUACCACUUGUCCGAGAAGCGCUCCAAUCCCCCAGGCUCCUCCCAUUCCACACUUGCAUGUCUACCAGCCCCCUCCCCUUGGCCAUCCAGCCACACUGUUUGGGACACCUCCGCGAUUCUCUUUUCAUCACCCCUACUUCCUACCCGGACCUCACUACUUCCCGUCAAGCACAUGCCCUUAUAGUCGGCCUCCUUUUGGCUAUGGAAAUUUUCCAAGUUCAAUGCCAGAAUGCCUUGGUUAUUAUGAAGACAGGCACCAAAAACAUGAGGCUAUGUUUUCAGCGUUAAAUAGAGACUAUCCUUUCAGAGACUACCCAGAUGAACGCACACACAGUGAAGAUUCUCGGAGUUGUGAGAGCAUGGAUGGGACCUCUUACUAUAACAGUCACAGCCACACUGGGGAGGAAUACUUAAAUCCCUUGCCUCAGCUGGACAUUGGAGCCUUGGAGAAUGUCUUCACAGCCCCGACAUCAACUCCCUCUAGCAUCCAGCAAGUCAAUGUCAUUGACAGUGAUGAAGAGGAAGAAGAAAAAGUUCUAAGAAAUUUAUAA